GUCCUCAUAGUAUCCAGGCGAACCCUUCGCAAGAACAAAUUCGUCGAUUUCGUCGGUAUUUAUACAUCUAUAUCUUCAUAUGAAUUCUUCAUGCAACCCCAAUCGAAUCAUAAAGCGAAUAUCAUCUAGAUCUGGUAGUCGGUUAUGGAGCUGUUCCGGUGAUUGUUCCCCGAGUGACUGGUGUCCAUAUGCUAUUGAACAGCUUUGAACCGAUCCAUGGAGUUCUUCUCUGCGAAGGCGAAGAUAUCGAUCCAUCUCUUUACGAAGCCGAAACAACGUUUCUAUCCUCCGAAGAGUUGGAUGAAAUCAGACGUCUCCAUGCCAGCGAUACCGCCAUAGACAAAGAAAAGGACACAAUCGAACUAUCAUUAGCCAAGCUCUGUUUAGAAAGAAACAUACCAUUUUUGGGAAUUUGCAGGGGUUCACAGAUUCUAAAUGUAGCAUGUGGGGGUUCCCUUUAUCGAGAUAUUGGGAAGGAAUUAACCAAAUUCUGUCCACAAGAAAACAAAGUGGUUCAUAUCGAUUAUGAUAAUUACGAUGGGCAUAGGCAUGUGGUUAAGAUUGUGGAGAACACCCCUUUGCAUCACUGGUUUAAGUAUUCUCUUGAAGAAGAAAAGAUGGAGAUCAUGGUUAAUAGCUAUCACCACCAAGGGGUUAAGAGCUUAGCCCACCGAUUCAAGCCUAUGGCGUUUGCACCAGAUGGUUUGAUAGAAGGGUUCUAUGAUCCUGAUUCUUAUAAUCCUGAAGAUGGUAAGUUCAUAAUGGGGUUACAGUUUCAUCCUGAGAGAAUGAGGAGCUUGUAUUCAAACGAAUUCGACUAUCUUGGAUGCCCUGCUGCCUAUAAGGAAUUUGUGAAAGCAGUGGUGGCAUAUCAGAAGAAGCUCAAUGGUACAAACAAAGUACCGAAUUCUUUAAAACUUGAUAAAGAGUUGGAGGAAAGAAGAAAGGUAAUCGUUCAUAGUUUCUCUGUUGCAAGAAACAUAUAUGCAGCAGGUGACAGUUUUCAUCAAUCCAAAGAAUCUGAUCUCAAACCAGGAUUAGAAUUUCUUGAGUCAAACACAGCAUUGAGUUUGCAACAAGAAAAGAGGUUGAAACAAAUGGGAGCAACAGUAAGGAAUGCAUGUUCAUAUAAGGAGAGAUUGAAGGUGAAUGAAGAGAGGGAGAAAUUGGCAAGGGUGGUGAUGGGGAAAAUGACAGUAGAACAGUUAUCUGAUUUAGCUCUGUUCUAUCACAUGAUGGAGAAUAUAUGCUCUGAAGUGUUGGAAAAGAAGCUUCAAAAUGCUGUCCCUACUGAUCUGACUCAUUCAGAUGCUUUUUGAUCCAUUUUGUCUUUUUUAUUCCAGUGUUCAGUUCUGAAAAGUUUCAUAUGACUACUCUUUAUAACCAAGGAUUACACUUGUGUAUAUAUACACUAUCUCACUCUU